AUGGAUAUUGAUAGUCUCGAUUUACCACAAGAUAAACUCGAAAAACUUCGACAAUAUGCGGUUUGUUAUUUGAAUUUCGAUGUUUCAAUUCGAAAAUGAUGAUAUUUCAGGAAGUUGUUAACAUAGAUGAUAUGGAAAUGGCUGUUUGUACACUUGAAUCACUAGAUUGGAAUGUUGAACGAGCCAUUGAAUCAUUUUUGAUGCCAGACGAUGAACCUGAAAUAAUUGCUGAAGUUCCUGCAGCAUCAUCAAGAAAUCCAGAACCACCAAUUAGAAGUUUCACGUGAGUUGCUCUCCAAGAUUGUAUAAAUCAUGAAUUUAACUGUUUUAAGAGGAAUCGAGCGUGGUCGUCGUCGUAUUCCAGAAGAAGAUGUGGGUAAUCAGGUGAAAAGGCUCAGGGUUUGUAGUUUUAUCGUAUACAUAAAUUAAAUGCCAUUGAGUUUUUCAUAACUUUCAAGUUUGCUAUAAAUAAACAAUAAUUUUCUUUUAGAUUGAUGACGAUAUUGUUCCAAUUGACAAUAAUUCAACAACUCACCGCAGUUCUCGUUAUAAUACAAGAAGUGUCCCAUAUGAACCAGUUAUUCCAUCAGCUUCAUCGUCUUCAAGAGGUUUUGUUGCUCCAAUGGUUGCAGCGGCAACAAAUGCAGCAAAUCGAGCAGCAGUGUCUCGUGGACCUGCAUAUAACUACGUAGCUGCAGCAGGAAGUGAUGACGAUGAUGAUAUGAUUGUUGGAUAUGAAGAUGAGGAUGAAGAUUAUCGAGAUGUUCAAGUUGAUCUACGAGUAUGUUAAAAAAAAACUAAUAAUAUUGAAUGUGAAGAAAAAACAACUUAUUUUAUUUUGAAUUCAAGUUCUAUGGGUGUUUCGAUCCCCUUCAAAAUUGAAGAAAAUUAUUUAUUUUUUGUUUCGCUCACGUGAACUACGUGUUAUUUUGUUUAAAUUCAUUUCUAGUCAUUUCGAGUUGAUAAUGUUGUCAAUGAUUCGAGCAUUUCUUGAUAGCCUUUUCCCGUGGAAUAAUCCACCAGCAAUAGAACUACCAGCUCCGGUAAAAUUCAUAUAAACAUCUAAAUUGUUUAAUUAUUAUAUUUCUUCAGGCUUCUCGUCGAAAUGGAUCUGUUCCUCUGAUUCCGGAAGAUUUUGAUAAUGUUAACGAUGCUCUUCGCAAUUUUAUCGAUGUUUUCCAAACUCGAUUCUGUAACACAGUAACCACAUCAGCAUUUAUGCCACAUUUCUCAACUGAAACAUUGGCCAGUGCUACAAAAGAAGCUUUUGAUAAACCAAUUUGGUAAGUUUAAAUUGUUAAUUUUUAAAAAUAAAAUCAAUAUUUUUCUUAAAUUUCAGCUUGGAACGUCGUCCAUUAGCACUUUAUAUUCAUCAUGAAAAAAGCAUUGCUUCAAAUAUUUUUGCAUCACAAGUACUUUGUACUGAAGCUGUUUCUAACUUAUUGCGUCAUCAAUACGUUUUUUGGCCAUGGGAUAUCACAGCUGAUUCAAAUUUGUUGAAAUUACUUGGAUGGUUGCAAGAACUUAAUAUGGGAGAUGUUAGAAAUUUGAUUCAAAGAAUCGCUCUCAAAACUGAAGCUUUUCCAAUGAUUUUGAUUGUUGUUCGACAAAAAUCAUCAUUCAAAUUGGUCGAAACUUGUAGAGGAGUUGAAACUGUUGAUCAAGUUAUUGGAAAACUUAUGUCAGGAGUUGAAGAAUAUGAAGGAAUUCGAUCGACUGAAGUUAAUGAGAAAAAAGAAAGAGAGGAAAGAGAAGCAUUGAGAAAUCAACAAGAAGCUGAGUAUGUGAAACAUGAAUAAAAUAAUUUGAAAUAAUUGAUUUAUUUUCAGAUAUCAAGCAUCUUUAGCUGCUGAUCGUUCUCGAAUGGAAGCGAAACAACGUGAAAUUGAAGAACAAAAAGCAGAAGAAGAAAGACGAUUGAAAGCUGAAGAAGAUGAAGCAAUGAGAAGACAAACACUUGCAUCAAUGCUUCCAGAUGAACCAUCUCAAAAUGAAACUAACAUUAUUCAUGUCAAAUUCCGACUUCCUGAAGGAGCACAAGAAAUGCGAAGAUUCAGAAAUUCGGAAAAAAUUCAAGUCUUGGUCAACUUUUUGUCAUCCAAAGGAUUCAAUCCUGACCAUUUUAAAUACUUCAAUUCUGAUUUCCCGAAAAAAGAGGUAAAUAUAAAAAUCAAAAGAAAUUGGGCAGCUAAUUUGAGAGCCCAAUGAAACUUUCAUUUUGAAUUUUUCCAAAAACUUUCUAAAAUCACAAACUAGCUGCUCAACUGCUUUCAACUUCAAAAUAAAUACCACAAUUCUCAACAAAACUUUUUUUAGAUCACUUCUCAUUUCGAUUUGGAAAAAUCAUUUGAAAGUACAAAAUGGCCGGUUCGCGAACAAGUCUUUGUAGAAGAAAUUUAA